CGCGCUCACGCCGCGUUCGUCUCCGCACAGCCGCCCGCUCGCUCCGCGUCGCCGGGGCUGCCCGUGGCUGGACCGCGAUCGCUUCCUCCGAGCGGACACUACACCAGGCUCCCCGUCUCCUUUGUUAGCCCCGGUCUGCCCCCUCUGGGGGCAUGUGUGCGACUUCUCUUUCUAAUUGUCAGAAAUUUGUUUUCCACUGUGUGGGCAGGAGACAUUUUUUUUUUAACUGUCUCCCUUCUCUUUAUUUUAUUUUCCGUUUCUCUACCUUACCUCCUUCGGCCUUUCUUCCCCGCUUCUUUCUGUUGAUUGCUCUUUCUCCCCUCUUCAAUUUCACCAUCUUUCCUCCCCGCUCUCUCCGUCCCCCUCCCCCACCGUUUCCUCUUUUAAAAUAAUUCAAUGAUGUCUCGGGAUUACUAGCACACUCUCCUCAUUCAGCUGAGCGCGGGACUCUGCAUUAAUUCAAGAGCAAUGUUCUGUGAUGGUGCCCGAGAUGCGUGGACUGAGCCCAGGCCGCAGGCUGCCCGAGCCCGCCCCCUGCCCGACUGCGAGCGGGAGCCCUGAGCCGGGGCCCGCGGGCCGCCUCCGCCGCCACGUCCUGGCCCUGCCCGAGGAGGAGGCAUGGCGGCCCCAGCAGUGCGCCCUGCUCGAGGCCGACGCCUCGGACGAGGUGGGCAUGCUGCCGGCCUCCCCGCGCGCCGCGGCCGCCGGCUUCGACAACUUCUUCCCGGUGCAGGAGGGCGAGGGCCCGGGCUGGGAGGGCAGCUCCAGCCCCUUCCUCCCCGUGAGCCCAGAGGUGAUGAAGCGGCGGCGCGGCGGCCUCAUCGAGCAGCGCGACAUCAUCAAGGCCCACGAGGCGCACAAGAUGCAGAGCACCCCGCAGGCCCGGCGCAAGGAGUGGGAGAUGGCUCGCUUCGGGGAGGCGGUGGUCGGCAGGCCCGGGUCAGGCGAUGGAGACUCGGACCAGAGCAGGAACCGGCAAGGAACCCCCGUGCCUGCCUCGGGGCCGGCGGCCGCCUACAAGCAGUCGAAAGCGCAGAGGGCGCGGACUAUGGCUUUGUACAACCCCAUUCCCGUCCGGCAGAACUGUUUCACCGUCAACAGAUCCCUCUUCAUCUUCGGAGAAGAUAACAUUGUCAGGAAAUACGCCAAGAAGCUCAUCGAUUGGCCGCCGUUUGAGUACAUGAUCCUGGCCACCAUCAUUGCCAACUGCAUCGUCUUGGCCCUGGAGCAGCACCUUCCAGAGGAUGACAAGACCCCAAUGUCCCGCAGACUGGAGAAGACAGAACCAUAUUUCAUUGGGAUCUUUUGCUUUGAAGCUGGCAUCAAAAUCGUGGCCCUGGGGUUCAUCUUCCAUAAGGGCUCGUACCUCCGCAAUGGCUGGAAUGUCAUGGACUUCAUUGUGGUCCUCAGUGGCAUCCUGGCCACCGCGGGAACCCACUUCAAUACACACGUGGACCUGAGGACCCUCCGGGCCGUGCGUGUCCUGAGGCCCCUGAAGCUCGUGUCAGGCAUUCCUAGCCUGCAGAUUGUGUUGAAGUCCAUCAUGAAGGCCAUGGUGCCUCUUCUGCAGAUUGGCCUUCUGCUCUUCUUUGCCAUCCUGAUGUUUGCUAUCAUUGGCUUGGAGUUCUACAGUGGGAAGUUGCACCGAGCAUGCUUCAUGAACAAUUCAGGUAUUCUAGAAGGAUUUGACCCCCCUCACCCAUGUGGCGUGCAGGGCUGCCCAGCUGGUUAUGAAUGCAGGGACUGGAUUGGCCCCAACGAUGGGAUCACCCAAUUUGAUAACAUCCUUUUUGCUGUGCUGACUGUCUUCCAGUGCAUCACCAUGGAAGGGUGGACCACCGUGCUGUACAAUACCAAUGAUGCCUUAGGAGCCACCUGGAAUUGGCUGUACUUCAUCCCCCUCAUCAUCAUUGGAUCCUUCUUUGUUCUCAACCUAGUCCUGGGAGUGCUUUCCGGGGAAUUUGCCAAAGAGAGAGAGAGAGUGGAGAACCGGAGAGCUUUCAUGAAACUGCGGCGCCAGCAGCAGAUUGAGCGCGAGCUGAACGGGUACCGCGCCUGGAUAGACAAAGCAGAGGAAGUCAUGCUUGCUGAAGAAAAUAAAAAUGCUGGGACGUCAGCCUUAGAAGUGCUUCGAAGGGCAACAAUCAAAAGGAGCAGAACGGAGGCUAUGACUCGAGACUCCAGCGACGAGCACUGUGUCGAUAUCUCCUCUGUGGGCACACCUCUUGCCCGAGCCAGCAUCAAGAGUGCCAAAGUGGACGGGGCCUCCUAUUUCCGGCACAAGGAAAGGCUUCUGCGCAUUUCUAUCCGCCACAUGGUUAAAUCCCAGGUGUUUUACUGGAUUGUGCUGAGCCUUGUGGCUCUCAACACCGCCUGUGUGGCCAUCGUCCAUCAUAACCAGCCCCAGUGGCUCACCCACCUCCUCUACUAUGCAGAAUUUUUGUUUCUGGGGCUCUUCCUCUUGGAGAUGUCUCUGAAGAUGUACGGCAUGGGGCCCCGCCUUUAUUUUCACUCUUCAUUCAACUGCUUUGAUUUUGGGGUCACAGUGGGCAGUAUCUUCGAAGUGGUCUGGGCAAUCUUCAGACCUGGUACAUCUUUUGGAAUCAGUGUCUUACGAGCUCUCCGGCUUCUCAGAAUAUUUAAAAUAACCAAGUACUGGGCAUCCCUGCGGAAUUUGGUGGUCUCCUUGAUGAGUUCCAUGAAGUCGAUCAUCAGUUUGCUCUUCCUCCUCUUCCUCUUCAUUGUUGUCUUUGCUCUUCUAGGAAUGCAGCUGUUUGGAGGCAGGUUUAAUUUUAAUGAUGGGACUCCUUCAGCAAACUUUGACACCUUCCCAGCAGCCAUCAUGACUGUAUUCCAGAUCCUGACUGGUGAGGACUGGAAUGAGGUGAUGUACAAUGGGAUCCGCUCCCAGGGUGGAGUCAGCUCAGGCAUGUGGUCGGCUAUCUACUUCAUUGUGCUCACCUUGUUUGGAAACUACACGCUGCUGAACGUGUUCUUGGCCAUUGCUGUUGACAAUCUGGCCAAUGCCCAGGAGCUGACCAAGGAUGAGCAGGAAGAAGAGGAGGCCUUCAACCAGAAACAUGCACUGCAGAAGGCCAAGGAGGUCAGCCCGAUGUCCGCACCCAACAUGCCGUCUAUCGAAAGAGACAGAAGGAGAAGACACCACAUGUCGAUGUGGGAGCCACGCAGCAGCCACCUGAGGGAGCGGAGGCGCCGACACCACAUGUCGGUGUGGGAGCAGCGCACCAGCCAGCUGAGAAGGCACAUGCAGAUGUCCAGCCAGGAGGCUCUCAAUAAAGAGGAGGCCCCGCCAAUGAACCCCCUCAACCCUCUCAACCCACUGAGCCCCCUCAACCCACUCAACGCCCACCCCAGCCUCUACCGGAGAUCAAGGCCCAUUGAGGGCCUGGCCCUGGGCCUGGGCCUGGAGAAGUGCGAGGAGGAACGCAUCAGCCGUGGCGGAUCCCUCAAGGGGGACGGAGGGGAUCUCUCAAGUGCCCUGGACAAUCAGAGGAGCCCCUUGUCUCUGGGCAAACGGGAACCGCCGUGGCUGUCCAGGCCCUGUCAUGGGAACUGUGACCCGACCCAGCAGGAGGCUGGGGGAGGGGAGACCGUGGUGACCUUCGAGGACCGGGCCAGGCACCGGCAGAGCCAGCGGCGCAGCCGGCACCGCCGCGUGCGGACAGAAGGCAAGGAGCCCACCUCAACCUCCCGGAGCAGGUCUGCCAGCCAGGAGCGGAGUCUGGAUGAAGGGGUGUCUACCGAGGGGGAGAAGGACUGUGAGCCCAGGGGCAGCCAUGGGGUCAAGGAACCCACAAUCCAGGAAGAAGAGCGAGCCCGGGAUUUAAGGAGGACUAACAGUCUGAUGGUGUCCAGAGGCUCUGGGCUGGCAGGAGCCCUCGAUGAGGCCAACACACCCCUAGUCCUGCCCCAACCCGAGCUGGAAGUGGGGAAGGAUGCAGCGCUGACAGAGCAGGAGCCGGAGGGCAGCAGUGAGCAAGCCCUGCUGGGGGACGUGCAUCUGGACAUGGGCCGGGCCAUCAGCCAGAGUGAGCCUGACCUCUCCUGCUCCACAGCCAACACAGAUAAGGCCGCCACUGAGAGCACCAGCGUCACUGUUGCCAUCCCUGACGUGGGCCCCUUGGUGGACUCUACAGUGGUGCACAUUAGCAACAAGACGGAUGGAGAAGCCAGUCCCCUGAAGGAGGCGGAGAUCAAAGAGGAGGAGGAGGAGGAGGUGGAGAAGAAGCAGCAGAAGAAGGAGAAGCGUGAGACGGGCAAAGCCAUGGUGCCCCACAGCUCUAUGUUCAUCUUCAGCACCACCAACCCGAUUCGCAGGGCCUGCCACUACAUCGUGAACCUGCGCUACUUUGAGAUGUGCAUUCUCCUGGUCAUCGCAGCCAGCAGCAUUGCCCUGGCGGCCGAGGACCCUGUCCUGACCAACUCGGAGCGCAACAAAGUCCUGAGGUAUUUUGACUAUGUUUUCACUGGCGUGUUCACCUUCGAGAUGGUUAUAAAGAUGAUAGACCAGGGCUUGAUCCUGCAGGAUGGGUCCUACUUCCGAGACCUGUGGAACAUCCUAGACUUUGUGGUGGUGGUUGGCGCAUUGGUGGCCUUUGCUUUGGCGAACGCUUUGGGAACCAACAAGGGGCGGGACAUCAAGACCAUCAAGUCUUUGCGGGUGCUCCGAGUUCUGAGGCCACUGAAGACCAUCAAGCGCUUGCCCAAGCUUAAGGCUGUGUUCGACUGUGUGGUGACCUCCUUGAAAAACGUCUUCAACAUCCUCAUCGUCUACAAGCUCUUCAUGUUCAUCUUUGCUGUCAUCGCAGUUCAGCUUUUCAAGGGAAAGUUCUUUUAUUGCACGGACAGUUCCAAGGACACCGAGAAAGAGUGCAUAGGCAACUAUGUAGAUCAUGAGAAAAACAAGAUGGAGGUCAAAGGCCGAGAAUGGAAGCGCCAUGAGUUCCACUAUGACAACAUUAUCUGGGCCCUGCUGACCCUCUUCACUGUCUCCACGGGGGAAGGAUGGCCUCAAGUUUUGCAACAUUCUGUUGAUGUGACAGAGGAAGACCGAGGCCCAAGCCGCAGCAACCGCAUGGAGAUGUCCAUCUUUUACGUGGUCUAUUUUGUAGUCUUCCCUUUCUUCUUUGUCAAUAUCUUUGUGGCUCUCAUUAUCAUCACCUUCCAGGAGCAAGGUGACAAGAUGAUGGAGGAGUGCAGCCUGGAGAAGAAUGAGAGGGCAUGUAUCGACUUCGCCAUCAGUGCCAAACCCCUCACCCGCUACAUGCCGCAGAACAGGCACACCUUCCAGUACCGUGUCUGGCACUUUGUGGUGUCCCCAUCCUUUGAGUACACCAUCAUGGCCAUGAUCGCCUUGAACACCAUCGUGCUGAUGAUGAAGUACUACUCUGCUCCCUGUACCUAUGAACUGGCCCUGAAGUACCUGAACAUCGCCUUCACCAUGGUGUUUUCCCUGGAAUGUGUCCUAAAGAUCAUUGCGUUUGGCUUCUUGAACUAUUUCCGAGACACCUGGAAUAUCUUUGACUUCAUCACCGUGAUCGGAAGCAUCACAGAAAUUAUUCUGACAGACAGCAAGCUGGUGAACACCAGUGGCUUCAAUAUGAGCUUUCUGAAGCUCUUCCGAGCCGCCCGCCUCAUCAAGCUUCUGCGUCAGGGCUACACCAUCCGUAUUUUACUUUGGACCUUCGUCCAGUCCUUUAAGGCCCUGCCCUACGUCUGCCUUUUGAUUGCCAUGCUUUUCUUCAUCUACGCCAUCAUUGGGAUGCAGGUAUUUGGAAACAUAAAAUUAGAUGAGGAGAGUCACAUCAACCGGCACAACAACUUCCGGAGUUUCUUUGGGUCGCUCAUGUUACUCUUCAGGAGUGCCACAGGUGAGGCCUGGCAGGAGAUCAUGCUGUCGUGCCUCGGGGAGAAAGGCUGUGAGCCGGACACCACCGCACCCUCAGGGCAGAACGAGAAUGAGCGUUGCGGCACUGAUCUUGCCUACGUUUACUUUGUCUCUUUCAUCUUCUUCUGCUCCUUCUUGAUGCUCAACCUGUUUGUGGCUGUCAUCAUGGACAACUUUGAGUACCUGACUCGGGAUUCGUCUAUCCUGGGGCCUCACCACUUGGACGAGUUUGUCCGUGUCUGGGCAGAAUAUGACAGAGCUGCAUGCGGCAGGAUCCCGUAUAAGGAUAUGUACAAAUUAGUGCGGGUGAUCUCGCCGCCUCUGGGCCUGGGAGAAAACUGCCCCUACAGGGUGGCCUGCAAGAGGUUGGUCCUGAUGAACAUGCCAGUGGCUGAAGACAUGACAGUCCACUUCACCUCCACACUUAUGGCUCUGAUCCGGACAGCUCUGGAUAUCAAAAUUGCCAAAGGUGGUGCAGACAGGCAGCAGCUAGACGCAGAGCUACAAAAGGAAACCCUGGCCAUUUGGCCUCACCUGUCCCAGAAGAUGCUGGAUCUGCUGGUGCCCAUGCCCAAAGCCUCUGACCUGACUGUGGGCAAAAUCUAUGCAGCAAUGAUGAUCAUGGACUACUAUAAACAGAGUAAGGCGAAGAAGCAAAGGCAGCAGCUGGAGGAACAGAAAAACGCACCCAUGUUCCAGCGCAUGGAGCCCUCAUCUCUGCCUCAGGAGAUCAUCGCUAAUGCCAAAGCCCUGCCUUAUCUCCAGCAGGACCCCGUCUCAGGCCUGAGUGGCCAUAGUGGAUACCCUUCGAUGAGUCCACUCUCCCCCCAGGAAAUAUUCCAGUUGGCUUGUAUGGACCCAGCAGAUGACGGACAGUUCCAGGAACAGCAGUCUCUGGAGCCAGAGGUUAGUGAAUUUAAAAGCGUGCAGCCCUCUAACCAUGGCAUCUACCUUCCUUCGGACACCCAGGAGCAUGCGGGAUCUGGGAGGGCAUCCUCUAUGCCACGCCUGACUGUGGAUCCCCAGGUGGUGACAGAUCCCAGCUCCAUGAGACGAUCAUUUUCCACUAUUCGGGAUAAGCGUUCCAAUUCCUCAUGGUUGGAGGAAUUCUCCAUGGAACGAAGCAGUGAAAACACCUACAAGUCACGUCGCCGGAGUUACCACUCCUCCCUCAGGCUGUCAGCCCAUCGCCUGAACUCUGACUCAGGCCACAAGUCCGACACCCACCGCUCAGGGGGCAGAGAGCGGGGACGAUCGAAAGAGCGAAAGCAUCUUCUCUCUCCUGAUGUCUCCCGCUGCAACUCAGAGGAGCGAGGGACCCAGGCCGACUGGGAGUCCCCAGAGCGUCGUCAGUCCAGGUCUCCCAGUGAGGGCAGGUCACAGACCCCCAACAGACAGGGCACAGGCUCCCUGAGUGAAAGCUCCAUCCCCUCCGUCUCUGACACCAGCACCCCAAGACGGAGUCGUCGGCAGCUCCCACCAGUCCCUCCUAAGCCUCGGCCCCUCCUCUCCUACAGCUCCCUGAUACGACACACCGGGAGCAUCUCGCCACCCGCUGAUGGGAGUGAGGGUGGCUCCCCACUGGCCUCCCAAGCUCUGGAGAGCAACGACGCUAUCCUGACCGAGUCUUCCAACUCCCGGCACGCACAGCAGGGCCCACACUCCUCCCCACAGCGCUACAUCUCCGAGCCCUACCUGGCCCUGCACGAAGACUCCCAUGCCUCGGACUGUGGCGAGGAGGAGACGCUCACCUUUGAAGCAGCUGUGGCUACCAGCCUGGGCCGUUCCAACACCAUCGGCUCAGCCCCGCCCCUGCGGCACAGCUGGCAGAUGCCCAAUGGGCACUAUCGGCGGCGGAGGCGUGGGGGGCCUGGGCCAGGCGUGAUGUGUGGAGCUGUCAGCGACCUCCUGAGCGACACGGAAGAAGACGACAAAUGCUAGAGGCUGCUCCCCCCUCCGAUGCAUGCUCUUCUCUCACACGGAGAAAACCAAGACCGAAUUGGGAAGCCAGUGCGGCCCGGGGGGGAGGAAGAGGGAGGAGGAAGAUGGAAGGACACCAUGCAUUAUCAGAGAAGAAGGAAAGGACAAAAGGAAAACCAGUCAAACCCACCAAAUUGCUUUAUUUCCCUUUGCAAGACGGGUACUGCCAUAGUUCUGCCUCUUUGCUGGGGAAAGAAAAUACCGGAUGGUUAUUCCCAUGGGAGAAGAGACACGAGGAUGGCUUUGCUUCCCCUUGCCCCUUCCCACUUUUCUAAAAGCCGUGGAGGGAUUGAGCUGGCCUGUGUCUACGCCCAUUGCCCUGAGAAGCCUGGAAGACUUUCUGGCUCUUAAGUGGGGAGCCGUGGAGACUCGGAGGGGAAUCUCCUCCCUCACCAGCUCUUGCUCUUCAGCCAGCACCACUGCCACCAGGGCAACUGCAGCAGCAUCUCAUGCGUUAUCUUGUGGCUUGCUUCCCCCAAAGAAGCACAGGCUAAGUUCAGGAGCAUUGGAUGCCAGGGGGAGGAGGCGGGGAGGGAGGGAGGAAAGAGCUGAAGUGGAAGGGGUCAGGGUGCUGUGGUAGCAGCAGCAAGGGCUGGUCUGGAUGAGCAAAGCCAUAGCCGAGCAGUCCACAAUGUGGAGGAGAAGGGCAAGGAGACAGAGCACUGGUUGUGCUGGUGGGUGCAGACCUGUCUCUGAAGCCUGUCGCCCACUCAGUAGGUGCUGUGUUAGGAUAGGCCAAGGAGGUCCCCCAGGGUCCACAGGUGCCUGAGGCUCCGUAAGGGUGAUAUUUUAAAAGCAUUUAACAACCUGUAUGGCCAGGGCACCAGCUGAUGAGAGUGGAGUCUGGCCUUAGUGCUGGAGCCCCCAGGCUAUGCCGGGCCUCAGCCCUGCACAUGCUGGUCAUGGGGGAACGCUGAGGGUGGGGUAAGUAUGGCAGGGGGUCACUUAAGGGACUCACGGUAGAAUGUUUUCCAGCCCUUAUAGAAGUACGUGAAACAGCGCUAUGGUCGGAACCAGCAAACAAACACUGGCUGAAUGUCAGCCCAGACUCUGGUCCAGGAGGCAGCAGCCUCUCUGCUGGGCAGCAAGGCCAGUGCUGUGCCAAGCCCAGGGAGGCCAAGUGCCAGUGGCCCGGCCUUCACUGCCACUCCUUGAGAGGGCAGCACACACAUAUCCAAGAUGGGCCACACAUCCCUUCAUAGGGACUUCAGUAGAGAAGGGAACGGUCGACAGCCAGAAACAAGAGAAGCCUCAAUGAGAGAGUCAGUCUGAGUUUACCGAGGGACCCUUGGUCUAGCAGCUUCUGCAGCUGGUGGUGGUUGAGGGUCAGUUUGUCAGGAUGCUUUAAGGUGGUUAGUAAAUAUACCUCAGCUUAGACCUGGACUGCUCCUUCUAGCAAAGCAAGCUCUGAUGGGGCCUAAUCAUACAACGUGACAAGACUGGGGCCCCAGGGGCCCUGAAUAUUUCCCUGGGCCAAGAUUGGGCUCCCCCCCCCCCCCCCAGAGUAAGAGCUGGGCAGAAGACAGCCUCAGGCCACGAUGUCAUUCCUAAACCCCCAAACUCAGAAGCAUUGACAAAAAGAGAAUCCUGCCUGGGCUAAUGAGCACUCCUUUAGCAUAGAUCAUCCAUUCAGUGGAACACAUCACUGUCUUUAUCUGGUGGCGAUGCACCAUCCCCUUAAGUCCCUCCCCAGUCCCCCAGCACCAUCACAGUAGCUAGAAGGAUCCCCUGGAGAGGGGUGCCAGGCAGGGCCCUCGUUUCCCAGCCAGGAACAGAUGGAGCCUGUCUCACAGGACCCUCUGUAGGGAAACUCGGAAGCCUGUGGACUGAGAUCACAGUGGAUAAACACUCUUUUUAUCCUCCUCCAGCCCAGACUCCACCUCUUGGGUAGGAGCAGUUGGUGGCUGUUGCAAGGAGCCUCUUUUUUAUGAAGUUUUUUUCUUUUUUUGGUUGAAAUAGAAAUAAGGCAUAGCUGUAUCAGCCCUGAAAAGCCAAAUACAACCACGUGGCUGCAGAAUCAUUUGUCAUGGCCCUGCCUUCUCUUCUAGAAAUUGAUGGAGCUUCAUGACCCACUGUCAGCCCCCAAACCAAAGCAGUCCCAGGGCAGGAGAUCAGUGAGUCAGAGACAGAAGCCUCCCACUCCCAGACCCUCUUCCAUCUCCAUUUUCCCCUCCCACUCAGCACCUGUGUGCUCGGGAGUAGCUGGGAAUGUGAACGUGACUAGAUAAACACCCCGAUGCUAACGGGCGUGGUUGUUAUAUAAAGCUGACGCUGGGCCGGGUAUUGUUUCUAAGGUUUCCUCUGUUCAGCGUCAUUUCAUGCCAAAGGGCUGCUAUGGGCUGCUUUGUGGGCACAAAAUUGCUUUCUUCCACCUUGGAAAGGCAGCUUUCCCCAGGGACAGGCCUAAUGACAGGACAACCAUCCCGAUCCAGCGAGUCGAUUGCAUUGUGUUUUGAGAAAGGGAAUUGAAGAGAUACCUUGUGCCGUAGGCUGGCAGAGCAAUUACCAGAAAUGGAAUUUGCCUGCAAACAACAUUACGAACACUACAUUUACUGUGCCAGGAAACCUUCCUGGACACCUGAACUCUUUACACUCAUGUACACACGGGCAUUGAAUCCCGAAUACAGUGGCAUAAAGCACUGUAGAUGCGGUCCCCUGACCAAGCACCCAGACUCUUCUAGAGCCAGUGAACUUAGGAACUCAUUUCUUUUAUUCAACUUCCCCUGACCAAGAAAUCAGGUUUCUUAUCCCUUAGCCUGCAUUUACUCUUCUAUUAAGAACAGAAAAUUCUGUUAAGUCACGGAACUCAUUAUCAUAAUCUUCCAACAGUUUCCUUCUGCCUCUGAAUAAAUAUAAACUCCAGCCUUCCCACUAAUAGCUGACCAGGACAUCCCUUCCUAGGCAUCAGCUUCUGCCUCUUUUUUCCCUUGAAAAGAGGCCCCUUUAGAUCUUAAAAUUCGGGCUUCUCUUUGGAUGAACAAGUAUGGCAGCAUCUUGAGAAAUGCCAAGCAAAACAGGACGACUCCCAGUGUUCGAGCUGCACAGCCUGAUUAACCUUAGCACCGUAGGUCCCCCUGGGAGACUCUUUAGCUGUAUGUCCAGUUUCCCCUGCUAAUGUUAGUCUUCAGCAUCUCUUCAAAAGAAGGAAGGAAAGAGAGGGAGGGGGGAAAAAAGAGAGGAGAAGGAAAAGAAAAGAAACCAAGGCAGGGAGAUGUUCUAACUAGAUUGGUGUUUAGAUAACUAACUCUUCUCUUCACGAAAGGCUCCAGAUAGACCUCUGGUGGGGAAUUCACGUCUCUGUCUCGUUCUGUGUGUGUGGUCUCCUUCUCUCAAUCAGCAAGAGGGCAGGUGACAGCAGGCCUUCCAACGUGGCUCUAGGCCUGCAAGCUGAGGGCAGGAUGGGAUUACCUGCACCGUAAAUGGAGGUGUCUUGAGUGUCUCCCAGGUUCCAAGUGAGCCAUGAAUACAAUUGCCCAAUGUGGGGCUGUCCACUCUUCUAGCUGAAGAAUCUGUUUCUAUUCUGGGCUUCACUUUUGCUCCCCACUCGAUGUCCCUAUGGGGUACUGAGAUCACUGAGAACAUUUCUCUGAAGCUGAACUCCAGAUGUUCUGGACUUUGCCCUCCCUUAACUCUGGGACCACAGGUGAAGACCCCAUAUUCCUCCACUGAGCCAGCAUCUCCCUUGCCCACACACAUCCUCCCCCCAUGCAGCCUUCGUGAUGAGCCUGAGUGUCCUCUGCCCCCUGUACUCCCAUCUCCGCCCUUGUUUUGUUGCAUGUUAGCAUUGACCCAACUCCUGAGGUGGUUAAAUCUGCCCAAUCCAAGCUUAUUUGCUGACCUGCCUACCUCUGCUGUUGGGGAAUGCUUCAUUCUCAUGAAACAGAGUUGGGAACCCACCAGGUGAUAUUCGCAAGAUGAUCUGAAAGAGGGUAAGGUGCAGGACUGUUGGGGUGUGUAGAGGAGUGUGUAUGAAUUGUCCACAAACUCAAUGAAAGCCCACUGCAGGGAAAUUAGGUCUCUUCUGGCAUAAUGGAACAAAACUGAGUAAGUUUUGUUUUUUAAAGAAAGUUCUCAAUUUUCAAUACAUCCUAUUUCUGAAGCCUGCUCUGGAUGCUCAUUUUUGGACAGAAUAUUUCUUUAGUGGGUUGAGCCAGCGAUAAGUUGAGAGAUUCUUUAAUUUCUCAGCUCAGCUAUAAUAUAUAAAUAUUAUGAGAUUGUAUUUUUUAAAAGGCAUAUGUAUAGCAGGAGGGGAGCUGAUAGUCACCUACCUUGCAGAGAUUUUGUGAGACUUGAAGGUUAAGGAACUUUCACUGCUGUUUUUAUCAGUUUCACAUCUGUUAGGUUUUGAGACACUCAAUGCCUGGUGCCGGUGUGCAAAGAAUCAUGGUGAGGAGAGGUGUUUCCAUGCCUUGGGGUAGAUUCUUCCUCACUCACUUCUCACCCAUCCUGUCUCCCCUUCCCUUCUGGAUUCCAGGGUAUUGAGCACCAUCCAGGCGUUCAGGGGAGGACUUUAUGAUGCAGGAAAGAAGGAAGAAGUGGGCCUCUUGCAAAUAGCCAGUCAGGGCAUGAUGGUUGAACUCCAGACAAGAGCCCCAUAAGGAAUCAGGUCCAGAUUUGGGUAAUUAUAUCCACAUGGAGACUCUUACUUUAACAAAAGCUAAACAAAAUUAACUCAGGAGUUAUGACCUAAUCUUUCCAUGAGGUGAUCAGAGGAGAUCCCGUGUUAAUAAGCACUGCCUACAUCUGCAGCUUUAUCUUCCUGACUUUUGGUUUUCUCCUCUCUGAAUCACGCAGUACAUUGUAGCUGGGUCUAACCCAACAGAGCAGUGGCCAAUGGCUUCUCUGUUGGCUGCAGUGGCAGACUCAGCUACAGAAAGACUGCUGGGGGGAUUUGUCAGCUGUCAUGUGCUGCAACUCACUCAGUCAGAAAAUACAGAUGUACCCCUUGCAGGCACAAAAGACUAGGAACAGAAAAAACUAUCUUUGGUUUCUGAUGGCCAUCUUUUCCUUCCCUUGAAUCCUUUCUGCUUUGACCCUCUGAGACUUAUGCGUCCCAGAGAGAGCACUCCAAACCAAAGAUAACGGAUUCGUAGAUUGUCCCAAACCACCCAAAGGGCCUGGAAAGCUUCUCUUAACAAAACUCAAGCCAGUAACUUGAGAAGUGAAAGGGGUACUCACAGCGGAGUCUCAUCACAUUGCUGGUGAUGCCAAGCCACCCCAAACUGCACUUCUCUUUUUGUAGUGUUGCUUUCUUCCACUCCCUCCUCCCAUGCUAGAAGUAGGGAGGAUAGUAUCAUCACCUUUUAAAUGCAAAAAGAGAUUUUAUAAUAAGCCAUGCUACUAUGUGAAUACAUUAUUAUUGAAUUCCUAUUUCUGGGAGUUUGAAGAGUUGAGUAGAUCAGGUAAAAAGAGGCAAGGGGAUUUAUGUUUCUUUUUAUUUGGGUUUUUUUCUUUGUUCAGUUGGGUUUUUUGCAGCAGACCUGCUCUAGAGCAGCAGAGAAGGAUAAACAUGUGCUCCGCAGUAUUUCUGAAUUAGCUUCUCUUUAGGAGUUAAUUUCCAUCAAAUUUAAUGAUGUGAUAUUUGAGUCAAAAAUCUGAGGUUACGCAUUACCAGCUCCAUCUUCUCUGGUUUCCUUUUUGUCUUCUUUCUCCUUCUAAGUCAACCUCUAUCUCUUGUUUUUGUGUCCAUAUCUCUGUCCCUUCUCCUUCUAGGGAUUUAAAAUAUAAUCUAGAUUAAUGAAAAACUUUCUGAAAACUUCAGUGAAAGCCAAGGAAAUAAUCAAAUGGAUAUAGAAUUUUUUCAGGACAUUUUUAACCAAUAAAUACAAAAUUUGUGUGUUUUCUCUUGAUGAGAAGAUAAAAAUUUUAAAGAGUGUAGUAAUCUGGUAAAUGAAAAUUAUUGGGAGUCAAAAUAAUCAAUUACAUUCCAGCCUUCUGGAAUUCUACUUCACAAAUACUAACUUGUGCCUUCAGCAAGGCCACUACACCUCUCUACUUUCUUUCCCUAUUUAGGAAAAUUGAAAUACUAAUGCUGAGCUAGUUCAUGGGUGUGUCAAGUGUUUGUAAGUAAGUUAAUAACUCAUCAUUUAAAGCGCUUAGUCUCCACAAAUCAAUUUAGAAAAACCUUCACUUCUUCUAUCCCAUUAAGCACCUAUGAAUUUCUUGGCAUUGCUAUAAGCAAUUUUUUUGAAGAAACUUCAUGUUUAAUGGAACCUGAAUCCAGGAUUUGCUUUAAUUUCACACUCUAUUCUUCCCAUCUUCCCUUCUUCCUUAGCUUUCCAAUAACAACAACAAAAUGUAGACUUUUUUUUUUUCAAUCCAGGAAGGAAUUUGAGUUUCCAAGCUCAGAGCUUCCUGGGGUCUUCUCUCUGUGGAUACCUCAGGCAAUCUUAGAUCAAAUACCCACAAGCCGAUACUUAACAAUCCUCACUGAGACCUUGUCUCCUACUCAGCACUGGAAAUCUGAAUGAGUCUUUUCUCUCUCUCUCUCUUUGUUCUGCCAGUGUGUCAGAAGAGUGGAUUGCUCUCUAUAUUCUGGAGCCUGAUCCCAGAAUUUGUACCAGAUAGUGCCACUUUCUUCUCAGUUCACUCAGAUUAGGGCCCCAAAACUGAAGGGAAGCUAAAUCAGUCAAACCUGCCAAAUCCGAAUUUGACCUAUUUGGUGACUCGAUUUUCUUUCCAGUGUUCUGAUUUCUUAUAGUGAUGGCCUGCGUCACACAAGAACCGCCACUCAAAGCAAGUCUAUUAGAAAUCUUUAUAAGGGAUGAGCAGGAAAAACACACUCCAAAAUUUUAAAGUGCCAUUAAUCAAUUUUUAAAAAUAAAGGUAAUAUGAAAUGAGGGCUAAACAAUGUAAUCUUAACUGCCAAUUAAAGUACAUGGUAGUUCUGGUCUUAGUACAUUUGAUAUGGAGCUGUAUAACAUUCAGCACAUCCCAGCAGAUUUAGUAAAAACAUAGGUAUUGAAUUUUAAUGGCUACCAAUAGGAUAUAUACUUACCCUGCAGGCAGAACUUCAAUCAGUGUUUUUAUAUCCUGGCAUUUUGUGACCAAGCCAAAAUUUAUACAAAGCCACCCUAAGUGCUGCAAUUGCAGAGGAACCUCCCUCUUGGUGACAUUAGAGAGCAGUCCAACUCCACUCAAACUGAGUCCAAGAUUUGGAACUCACCAAGAAAAACAAAUGGAGGAGAAAAACCUAGUGUGUGGCAUUUCACAGCUGGCACAACUGGAGUAGAGGCUAGGAAGUCAAACUGUAGAACAAAGACAAGGUGGAGGUGGGAAAUACCAGCUAGUCCCAGGAAGAGGAAGGCUCAGAGGGGUGUGACCUGGGAUCCUCUUUUAUACUAGAUCACGGUAAACUUGUUAGUGUGAUACUGGAUGCAGAGGGCUUCUUCCCUUAAACUCACCUAGCGUGGUGGAUUUGAAGGCCUCAGGAGAUUCACAGAGCCCCAAAAAACUUUUUCAGACCUGGGAGAUGGAGAGAAAAGAGGUUCUUGUUUUAAAGCAGCUCGAAGACGAUCUCUAUGACUGGCAACUCUUCAAUUUAGUAGUGCCAAUGCUGGAGAGAUUUCACUGAUCUUCCUAGUGGUACCAGUGCCACAGGAGGGGAGAGGGGCGGCAAGUGGGACAGGGGACAAGUUUUAUCGGGAAGAGAUUUCAAACUCGGCAGGAUGCACCGGUACUAACCUCAAAGGAUAGCGUUACAAGGAUAGUGAACAAUGGGGUGUCCAGGCCAUGCCCUCUGUUCUUUGGGACCCAAGGUCAGGCCAUUCCCUCCUUGAGUUGCUCUUAGAGGAUGAGCAUGUAAGAUGGGAUCAAGAGGGAAAUUGGGUGCUCUGCCUUAGGCUAUUAAAACGCUGCCACCUGCAUUACAAAAUAAGUGUGAGCGAAGGCGCUUGAGACACUUCUUAGGGGCAGCAUCCACUGUGGUAUGCCAGCCUGAUGCCCCUUCAGUAAUGGCGUUUGAAUGGCAGCCAGUGCUGGCCUGCCCAGAGUAUCGGUGCAUCUCUCCUAAAGCCAGAGUUCAGCACUGCAUGUUGACCAGGUGGAUAUCCUGUAACAUAAUGCUCGUUUGGAUCCAAAAGGAAAACCAUUAAAAAUAAAAGAAAGAUGAACAA